AUCGUUUGGAUCGCGCAAGUGUAAUACAGCCUUGCGCACGUCGGCAUAUCAGCACGGCCAUCUACGAGCGCAGCGGCGCCACACUAAGCCCUUGCGCCUCACGAAGCCCUUGCUUGCCCUUGGGCCUCGGUUCCUAGCAAGUCGCGCAGCCUCGAUCAGGUCUCUAGGCAAAAACAGCUUCAGGGCGGAGAAAGUGGGGGUAGUUCAUCAAACAUAAAGCUGCAGGUUGCACAAAACAACGUCAGCUGCGUCUGUCAUUCUUUAAAGCCUAACUAACCUCAAAAGUACCCUCCACUUUGUACUGUAGCAGACGAUGGCGCUCGUCGCACAAGCUCCGGCUUUUCAACGGAGUUUUCUAGAAGCAUUGCCAGCUGCAAACUGGAGCCAUCAGACUGGCACCACAAGAACUCAUUGCUGGCAUAAUUGUCAACGUCAAAAGGAGUCGGGGCAGCAACUUGAGCUGCGGUUGCUGCAAUCAGCCCAAAGGCUUCCCGCUGCCUGUGCUAGAUUCAAGCGCCGAGAGUCCAGGAAAAAAGAUGUGCAAUGCAGUGCCACUCCUCGACGAGAUUCCUUGGAGCCGGAGUCAGAACGGAGAGUGCAGGAGAAAGCAGUCGGAGUUGCUAAGGCAUUGGGUGGGGUCAAUGUGUACCUUGUAGGCAUGAUGGGCAGCGGCAAAAGCACAAUUGGGAAGCUACUGGCCGAGCGGUUACAAUACCGGUUUUUUGACUGUGACGAAGUUAUCGAAGGUGCUGUAGGAGCACCUGUCUCUCAGAUUUUCAAGGAGAACGGAGAGGACACCUUUCGAAAGCUUGAGACUGAAGUCUUGUCGCAACUGGCCAGAGAAACAAGAUCCGUGAUAUCCACAGGAGGUGGUGCCGUGCUGAGAAAAGAGAACUGGAGUAGCAUGCACUACGGCAUCUCCAUUUUCCUGCAAGUGCCUAUUCAAACCCUGGCAAAGCGCGUCACAAAGAACGGCCAUGCGUCCAGGCCACUGCUGAACGGAGGGGAUGCCACAGACGAGAGCGCUGAAACGAAGGCGUUCACGAGGCUGUCAACCAUCUGGAAGGACAGAAAAGCCUUCUACGAGAAUGCGGACGUAACAGUCUCAAUAGCAGGGUACGAAGAGGGCGAAGAGGAGAUGAGCACAGCGAGCCUAGUUGAAAAGGUCGUCCACGAAUUAGAAACGCUCCUGAAAGAACGGGGCGUGAAAAAGCCGCAGGACUCCACAGGCUGGGUAACAGAACUAUGAACUACGAGCCCUUAUUAGCUAUUGGAGCCGGAAUAGUAGAGUUGUGCAGAGCUGAAGCUUGCCUCCGCCGUUCAAAGUAAGCUGCUUCAAAGCGAGACAGGUGGCAGCUCGAGAUGCAAGCUAAUCAUGAGCUCAGCUGAGGCACACCAUGCAGCACGGAAUGGUUUCCGGACAUGUCCACCAUGGGCCUAUCAUGGCCUUAAUUGGCCGGACAUCAACGUGAUCAAAGUCUUGGCCCCAUUCUACGGAGGCGAGGUGAUGGAAAAAUGGAA